AUGGCGUUGGUAAUCUUGCUGCUCGUAUUAACCACUAUAAAUUCAAUAGUUUCAUUUGAUUUAACAUUAAAUAUUGAUGGCAGUGAUAAUUAUUUUCCAUUUGUUGAAAUAACAAAGCCGAAUGCUGAAUAUUCUUUACCAAAUGUAAUCAUACUUGAUGAUGAGCACAAUCCUAAAAUAUUAAAUUUAUCAUCUGGAACAUCGGUUAAAACUUAUCAUUUGGAAUCAAAUGAAAAUUCUCAUGGUUUUGCAACAGUAAUCCAUGGCACAUCGACUGACAACAAUCUUUUAUUUGCUAUGGUACAAAUACCGAAUGGAACAUUUUAUGACAUAUCUUCACCUAUGUCUAUAAAACAAACAAAAACAAAACGAUCAGUAAACAAUGCUUAUAUUAUCAAAUCGAAAGAGUCAAUUAUUGAACAAGCAUAUGUUACUAUUGAUUGGAAUAGCAAUUAUGAACGACGUGCUAUUGAUGAAACAGAAUCUACAUACAACAGUUCAGAUAUGGAAGUAACAACGUUCCGAGCAACUACACAAAUAGAUUCGUCAACGCUACUACCUGUUACAGUUGAAAAUAUAACAAUAUCUUCAGCUGAAAAUGAUACUGAACUAUUGACAAAUGCUACCAUGACAACAACAACACUACGGCCAGUACCUGAAAAAUCUCGUCAUUUAUAUUUGGAAAUAGUUGCCGUUAUUGAUAGUCUUAUUACAAAUGAUCUUCGAGCAUUAUUAAAUAAAACUGAAUUAGAAGCCAUUGAAAUACUUAAAUUGUACUAUACUCAUGUUUUCUUGGGUGUUGAACAACUCUAUCGACAAUCGCUGAUUAAUGAAACACUGGAUGUUCAUAUUCGUUUAACUAAAAUUAUUUUUGCUACUAAUAAACAUCGUCUGCCAUGGGAAUCAUUUACAAAUAUAUCAUCUCUAACAGAAAAUUAUCGAAAAUCACCCAAUAACGUGCAGUUACGACCAAAUAUUAGCAUGAAUCUUCUUAAAUCAUUCCAUCAAGCUUAUAAAAUCAAUAAAUUUGAUGAACGUUAUUUUCGCAAUGGUGUUGAUCAUAUUGCAACAUUUACUCGUUUCGACCUAAACGAUGGAGCUGGUUCAGCGUAUGUUUUAGGUACUUGUUUACCUUUAUUUCAAUAUUCAAUUAUUCAAGAAGAUCUGAAUUCAUUUUCUGUGACAAUGACAGUUGCACACGAACUUGGGCAUAAUCUCGGCUUCACUCAUGAUGAAACAGAAAAUAAAUGUUUUGAUCCUAAAUUUCGAUAUAUAAUGUCACCAAAAAAUAUGAAUACCGUUGAUCGCCAACAGCUGCCUUAUUUUUCUGAAUGUUCAAUCAGCGAAUUAAAUCAUUUUGUUGAUAAUACAACGACAACAUGUUGGAAAAAUAAAAUAAUUAGCACAAAGAAUGAUACAAAAUUUGAAAACCUACGAAAUAUGAGUUCAUUCUACUUAGGGCAAAUAAUUAAUGUUCAUCAACAAUGCCAAUUACAAUAUGGACCACGAGCUAUUCCGUAUAUUUCUGUUACAUACAAUAAUAGCAAUCAUAACUUAUACGAAGAAAAUAUUUGCAAUCAAUUGCGAUGUUUUAAAACUCCAGAAGAUGAAUAUAUGUAUUGGCAAUAUGGAGCAUUUGAUGGAACUCCAUGUGGUGAAAAUCGUGUAUGUCUUGAAAAACAAUGUGUAUCUAUAAAUCAAACAAUGAAAAAAACUGAUUUAGAUAAUUGUCCCUAUGGAGAUUUGCUUGUACCUAUUCAAAUGUUAAGUUUAAUCGACAAGUUAAGUACGGGUAAUAUGCUUUGCUCAGAUGCACUUAAUUUAUUACGAUCUCGUGGUAUGAAUGUAACUUAUUUAUGUUACGAAUCAUCAAUACCCUACUAUCGUCUAUGCUGUGAAGAAUGUAAAAAACAUUUAAUACCGGAAUGUGGUGAUCAACAUGCACGUUGUUCCAUGUUUGCUCAAUAUUGUGGCAAUGAUUAUGUUCGUAUUAAUGGAAUAUCUCCCAAGAAAUUAUGUCCACAUACAUGUGGUCAAUGUAAUCAACUACCAUUGCGUCAAACUACUACAACUACGAUGACAACGACAACACAAGAAAUAUCUUCAAAAAAAUCAAAAAAAGUUGCUGCCAGCAAAAAGUUUCUAUCAACAAUAAUAAAACCUCGAGAAUAUGUUAAACCUAGCAGUUUCGAUAAAUAUACAUGUAUUGAUUCUGCUGAUUGUUCACAAUUAAUUAAAGUCUAUUCGAAAUUAAACAAAAAAGUUAAGAACUGGUGCACGGAAUAUUCAACUAUGGUCAAAGGUCAAUACUUCGUCGAAAGCUGUCCAAAAUAUUGUUCGGUUUGUAAUACGACAUCUGAAUGUGAUCAAUUUAAAUUAUGCCGAAAUAAUGGUACAUGUAUCAAAGACGAUAAUGGUGCCUAUCAAUGUUUAUGCUCAACAUCGAAAUUUUAUUAUGGUACAUUAUGUGAAUAUCGUCAAACAUGUUUAGAUAAACCGUGUUCAUCAAAAACAGAACAUUGUUUUCAAACUCGAGGGGAAAGUUAUUUAUGUUUAUCAAAAGAAGACAAAGAACAAAUGCGUAUUAUUUUCAAUGGAAAAAACUAA